GAGUGCUUUGCGGCUGUCAUGGCUUCCCCCAGGCAGCGCGGCGUUGCGCUCUUUCGUACUGCAUUAGGGUUUUGGCAGCUGGGCCUUGUCGCCACGAGGGAACGAGCGACGCAGUUUCCGUCACUCUUGGGCUGUCAGCGGAGGUGCGUGUCCUGUGUCGCGGGCACUGCUUUCUCUGGUCCCCUCCUGGCCUCGGCUUCUAGGUGUUGUGGCCAGAACUCCGCACUGGACCGCUUGCUCGGAAUCUCUCAGCCUGACAGUUCGUUGACACCUCGCGUCCCCGCCGUGUCCAUUCACAGAGAUGAACAGGAUCUUCUCUUGGUCCAUCGUCCCGACAUGCCUGAGAACUCCCGAGUCCUACGAGUGGUCCUCCUGGGUGCCCCGAAUGCAGGGAAGUCAACACUCUCUAACCAGCUGCUGGGCCGAAAAGUGUUUCCUGUCUCCAAGAAGGUGCACACCACUCGCUGCCAAGCUCUGGGGGUCAUCACGGAAAAAGAUGCCCAGGUGAUUCUACUUGACACACCUGGCCUGAUCAGCCCUGUUAAACAGAAAAGGCACCACCUGGAGCUCUCUUUGUUGGAAGAUCCGUGGAAGAGCAUGGAAUCUGCUGAUUUGGUUGUGGUACUUGUGGAUGUCUCUGACAAGUGGACUCGGAACCAGCUCAGCCCCCAAGUGCUCCAGUGCUUGACCCAGUAUUCCCAAGUUCCCAGCGUCCUUGUCCUGAACAAGGUAGAUUGCCUAAAGCAGAAGUCAGUUCUCCUGGAGCUCACAACAGCCCUCACUGAAGGUACGGUCAAUGGCAAGAAGCUCAAGAUAAAGCCAGCCUUCCGCUCAGGGUCAGGCAUCCAUUGCCCCAGCCCAGAAGCUAAGGGCCCGGACACACAGUCUGUUGGAGGCCCUAAGAGGAUCGGCUGGCCCCACUUCCAGGAGAUCUUCAUGUUGUCAGCCCUAAGCCAGGAGGAUGUGAAAACACUAAAGCAAUACCUCCUGGCACAGGCCCGGCCAGGGCCCUGGGAGUUCCAUAGUGAAGUCCUCACUAGCCAGACACCUGAGGAGAUCUGCACCAACGUCAUCCGAGAGAAACUCCUCGAGUACCUGCCCCAGGAGGUGCCGUACCAUGUGCAGCAGAAAACAGUUGUGUGGGAGGAAGGGCCAAGUGGGGAGCUAGUGAUUGUACAGAAGCUUCUGGUGCCCAAAGAAUCUCAUGUGAGGAUCCUGAUUGGUCCGAAGGGGCACCUGAUCUCCCAGAUAGCCGAGGAGGUAGGCCGAGACCUCAUGAACAUCUUUCUCUGUGAGGUUCGGCUCUCCCUCUCUGUGAAGCUCCUCAGUUGACCACCCACUGCUGUGCCUCCUAAGACAUCCCAGUCCAAGCUUUAACAGAAGCCACUGACCAGAACUGCCCCUGCCUGAGGCCUGCAGAGACUGGUGAGGGGCAUGGGUACUGACAGACUGACUCUGGCUGGCCUCGCUUGCCUAGGCCCCUGCCUAGACAUGUCUUGUGUUGGAGGAAGGAACCUACCGUAGCUCAUUCCCCAGGUAAUUCCUCCCACUGGGGCCACAGCUACGUAGGUCUAGAAGUUGGCCCUUUGGUGGGAGCAGUGCCACCCUACUUCCUUCUGGCAUUGGGAGCAGAGUUUCUCCCUGAGUUGCCAGUUGUUAGCAGAGAGAAGUUAGUCCUUUCUCCCCUCUCCGAUCCUCUGCCUUGAAGCCAUGUAAGGACCUGCGUGUACUGAGUGAGAUGGUGCCUCCCAGCUCCUACCCAAGUCUUUGAUCCCUCCCAGCCCAUCAUUCUCAUUAUUGGAUGCUAAUAAAGUUAAAAGACAAGCA